AUGCUUUGUCGCCUCAUCCAAAUUCUCCUGGUAUCCCUUCCCUUCACGUCUUUCGUCCUCGGGCAAGAGAGAUGGUUUACCACUGCAACUUACAAGAACGUAAACGCGUCAAUCGCGGCUGAUCCUCACGUCCAUUGGGACGCAAGAACGAAACAAUACUGGGCUUACAGUACCGACGGCGCCGACGAAGGUUGGCAUUUUGGGAUUUAUACCUCGCCGGACUUGGGGAUCUGGAGGAAAUUGCCCGGAGGUGCGAUCAAGGCUGAUGCGAGUACUAGUAGGCUAUGGGCAGACGAUUGGUUCUGGGCUCCAGAGUGUUAUUACAAUGAGCAGACGGGGUGGUAUUUCUUAUUCUACGCUGGAAAGAUGCUUAACGGAACUAACGUUGCAAAAAAUUUCAAAUUUCCUGACUUUGAAGAAGCGAGUAAAGUAGGCGUAGCUGUUUCUCGCUCGCCAGAAGGCCCUUUCGUCAACAUCGAUAGUCGUCCGAUUGAUUACUAUCCCUUUGACCCCGACUACAAUGACGUUAAUCUCAUCAUGUCACCACCGUAUCUCGUACCACCCAAGUCCUUUGCAGAAGGCCAGAAAGCUCCUAAGGGGACUUACAUUCCGUUUAUCGACCCCAACGUGUUCUUUGACUACGGUGAAGGUGGCCAACUCGACGGGAUUUACUUGUUCUUUUCCAGGAACUGCUAUAGAAAUUGGAUUUGGGAUGACAAAUACGGGAAGUAUGUGGAGGAAAGCAACAUCUAUGUUGUCAGACUGGAUGAAGCUUGGUGGUGGGACGGUGAGGCAAAGACGAUGCCAGGCGUUCACUCGGAGUUCAGAAAUGUGAACCAAGGAAAGGUCCAAAAUUGGCAGAGCCGUGUCAACGAGUCCUUCCCGGGACCGGACCGGAUGGAUGGAUGGAUUUCGAUCAUUUCUCGAUCCCUGCAAGCACAGAUUUGGGAGGAUGCUCAUGUUUUUGACUACGCUUCGAGCAACGGGACCAAGAAAGAUCGUCGUUGGUCCGAGGGGUCAACGACAGUCAAACACCUGGAUUCAUCCGGACGGCCCGUCUAUUUCCUAACGUAUAGCUCAAACAAUUUCGAGUCCGUGGAUUACGGAGUGGGAUAUGCUUUCUCUACUUCCGUUACUGGACCAUACACCAAAAGCGAUUCCAAUCCGAUCCUUUCGCAGGACGCUAGUCGCUCGAUCUACUCAACUGGUCAUGGUUCGAUAGUUUCCGUCAAGCAAUCCAAUGAGUUUUACUAUACUUACCACGCGCGUUCGUCCCCAGUCGCUCCGCGAUCCCUCUAUAAUGCCCGCUUGUUCAUCGACCCAGACGAGCUUUACGUCGGAUUUGGCUCAAACUGGGGUGACAUGCGUAUUCCCAGCGGAGUUGCGCCGUUGAAAAUGGAGGUCAACCCCAGUUCGUCGGGGUAUCAGGUUGAAGUGAAGAGUGCAGAUGGCACGUCGUUCAAUCUGGACCACCCUGGGAAUCGAGUGAGGGUUUUGGUUAGCGGGUUGCAAGUCGAGGCGCAGAUGCAAGCGGAAGGACUUGUGAAUGUGAAUUUGAUGGACGCAAGAGCGAAGCUUGGCGUCAAUGAUACUGGUGUGACAUUCAGAUACCAAAGGGCGAGAUACAAUUCGAGUGAGGGUUGGGCGGAUGUUGAGCAGUUUCAAGGUGCAGGUAACGCGAAAGAUGCUGAAUAUGUACAAGUUAUCGUAAGACUGUAG